AAUCCAUGGUGAUGCCGCUCACGUUCCAGGCCUCCGCUGGCGCGCCCUCGGGCUUUCGCAGGUAAACACAGAGAAAGGCCGCACGCACGGGCCAGAUUUUGGUCCUUUCAUGUUCCGGGCGGACGGCCCAGACCUCCCCGCCGGGCCGCGGCCGUACGUUCUUCUCCGUCGCCUCUCCAAUCUCCAUGCGUCCCGUGCUGCCUGCAACAAAGAGACAGGGCGACCCACGCCGUAUAAACAACUGCGCGCUCGACCGCGCUGACGUGCCUACGUCGUCGCGGCGACAGCGAGACCGCCGACCUCCCCGAAAAUAUCUCACGGCCGCCGCCCACGACGCCACGUCGUCCAUGCCUCCGGCGCCGCAGCAACCAGACUGACGACACCGCACCACAGACCUUGCCCUGUAGCAGCAAAAGUACUCCUCCGGCGCACGCCCGCCCGCGUAGAAAAAGACAGCCUCCUCAGCUCCGGCGGCGCCACGCGGCCUCCACCAAAAUAUCCCACGCCGCAGCGGCAUCACAGCACGCCCGAGCGGCCACGCGCCCAGCCAACUUGGCGCGCUUUCCGCUCGUAGUCGGCGGUCAAUGGCCGUGGAGCCUACCCCGUACCGCUAUCCCCGCCCACGGAUUGGCGGAAAGCGACGGAGCAAGCGGGCAAUAAGAUAAGCGGCAACUUGUGCGACGCUUCCAGAACCCUCCUCCCCCUCCGGCCCUUCCAGAACUCUCCCCUGGCCACGUCACCGCAUCGAUAAUAAGAUAAACCAUGGAGGCGAAGAUAUUUCCAAUCCUUCCAUCGCAGAAGCGUCUGGAAACUUCGGAAUUGGAAGCCCGGGUGGGUGGGUGCGCGCGUGGGGGCCGAGCUCUAUAAAUGGGCGGCCACCGCGUGCUCGCCCGCUCAACCACCUCAAACAAGUACGAGCGGAAAAGCUCUGUACUUUGCCGUCCUUCUCCUCCAUCCAUGGUCCGGUCUUGUAAGGAAUGUGCUCUCUGUACUAUCUCUACUCUGCCGUUUCCUGAAUUGGUUCAGCAGCAUUGCCAAUUCGUCAAUUUUGGGGAAGUUUACUUAACUGCAGCUCCAUUUCUUCAGAAAAUCGCCUUUUCCCCUUCAUCUUGCAACGAUCUCUGUUAGCCUCUGAUUGCUGUUUGAUUCAGAAAAGGUCAUUUGCCGGUUUGAUUAUCUGGAGGGCGAUGUUUUUGGCGAAGAUCGCCCUCCACUAAUUUGGCCGCUUCUUGAUUAAUCUUUCUGGACUUCUUCUUUUUCCCUGGUCCGACUAGCGGCGAUGUGCAGGCCGUAAUCCCCUGUCUCCCAAUACUCCAUUGUCUUUGUCUUUCGUUUCACCAUGGAUCCGUUCAAGUUCAACGGCAUCGUGAAAGAGGAGGAAUUCGAGUACUUCGCGGGCGCCGCACCUGAUGGCUAUCCGCCAUCCUCUUGGGCCGCCGCGGAUGGCUAUCCGCCGUCCUCUUGGGCUGCCAUCGGCGCCGCAGCGGAUGGCUCCUCGUGGGACGGCGCCGGCGCCCUGGCGGAGCUGCCACGGCCGAUGGACGGGCUCGGCGAGGCCGGCCCGACGCCGUUCCUGAACAAGACGUACGAGGUGGUGGACGACCACAGCACGGACACCGUCAUCUCCUGGGGCGUCGCCGGGAACAGCUUCGUGGUGUGGGACGCGCAAGCCUUCUCCACGGUGCUCCUCCCGCGCUACUUCAAGCACAGCAAUUUCUCCAGCUUCGUCCGCCAGCUCAACACCUAUGGGUUCCGGAAGGUUGAUCCGGACAGGUGGGAGUUCGCGGCGGAGGGGUUCCUGCGGGGGCAGAAGGAGCUGCUGAAGACGAUCAGGCGUCGGCGGCCGCAGUCGAGCACGCCUGCGCAGCAGCAGCACCACCAGCAGGGGACGGGGCCGGGGCCGUGCCUGGAGGUGGGGCAGUUCGGGCACGAGGGCGAGGUGCACCGCCUGCAGCGCGACAAGGGCAUCCUGAUCGCGGAGGUGGUGAAGCUGCGGCAGCAACAACAGGCGACGCGGGAGGUGAUGGAGGCCAUGGAGGCGCGUCUCGCGUCCACUGAGCAGAAGCAGCAGCAGAUGACGGUGUUCCUGGCGCGGGCGAUGAAGAGCCCGAGCUUCCUCAAGAUGCUCGUGGACCGGCAGGACCAGCAGGCGCGGAGGAGGGAGCUCCAGGACGCGCUCUCCAAGAAGCGCCGCCGGCCCCCGAUCGAGUACAUCCUGCCUCAUCAAAACGGCGAGACCGGUAGUGGCAGUGGCAGCUACAGCCCCGCAGCGGCGCACGGGUACAGCCCCGGGCUCGCGGACGGCGCAGCGCUAGCGAACGGUGGCGAGGGCGUGCGCGCGGACGGAGGUGAUGGAGGCGGGGAAGACACGGAGAGCUUCUGGAUGGAGCUGCUGAGCCUGGGCCUGGAGGAGAAGCAGAGAGAAGCUGGGGGAGGUGGGGACGCUGAGGUGGACGACGACGUGGACGAUGAGGUGGACGUUCUGGUGCAGAGCCUAUACCACCUCAACCCAAACCGGACCCACAACCCUGAGUGAGAGGAGGAAGGUUCGAGAAGUUUCCAAUUGGAGGUGGAGGAGGUAGGGUAGGAGGAGGAGCAAGAAGCGUUGGUACUGGUAGUGCUCCAUUCCAUGCGUUGGUUUCCUUUGUUCAUUUUCUAGUAGUAGCACCUGACAUCUUGUCGGGGCCCGCCUGCAUGCGCAAGUUGCCGAAAACAGAAAGGGCCUUGCCUGUCUGGCCAAAGCCGUCGUGAAAUAAUGCUUCGAGAUGCUUACUGAAUUUA